AUGGCAACGGCGUGGCCUACAAUCGGGAAUCAUCCCGUCCCAGCAAACAACACCACCAGUCUCCCUGCUCCGGGAGGAAAUCCGAUGAACACAGGCGCAGCACAGCCACCUGCUAGGGCGGCGACAAGCUUGAACUCAACAGAGGUAUCAUUUAACCCUCAAAAUCAAUCGAACCCUUAUUAUUUGCACAUCAAUGAAAACCCUGCUUUAGAAUUGGUCCCCUUCCCUAUGGAUGGCUCUAAUUACCAUACGUGGGCUAGGGCAAUGACCAUGGCAUUAUCUUGUAAAAACAAGACUGCCUUCAUCAAUGGAGCGAUUAGAAAACCACCUGAGGAUGACCUAGAAAGGUACAUGGCCUGGGAAAGGUGCAACAACAUAGUUGCUUCUUGGAUAAUUCGCUCUCUAUCCCCAACUAUUGGGAGAAGUGUGUUGUGGAUAGAUACGGCUCAUGGAAUCUGGAAUGACCUAAAGAGAAGGUUUAGCAAGCAAGACUUGUUUAGAAUUGCAGAAAUCAAGUGUGAGAUCUAUCAAAUCAAACAAGGAGAUAACUCCCUGAAUGAAUACUUUACUAAACAGAAACUAAUGUGGGAUGAGUUGAGUAUUCUUAGGCCCAUGGUAUAUUGUGAUUGUGCUGUCAAAUGCAACUGUGGGAAGAAAAUUGAUGACCUCAAUGAACAGCUUGAAAUGGAUAAACUGUCUAUCUUCUUAAUUGGAUUGCAUGAGAGAUACACAUGGGCUAGAAAUCAGAUUAUGCUACUGAGACCUCUACCAGAGGUGAAUGAAGCUUAUUAA